AUGGCAGCAUCGGAGAAAGCAUUAAUUUACCAAGAGAACAACAAUCCGAUUAAGAACCGGCUGUCUGACAAGGAUAUACAUAUGAUUGGGACACAAGACGAAACAAAUUAUGUGGACUUGAACAACUUACUGGAUCUAAAAUUUGACGACACAAAAACGGUUAAAGUAACUUUCACUGGUGAGGCAAGCCAAUUGGCAAUCUUCAAGUGCGGUGGUACGAACGUCUCAACUUCGACAGACAAAGUCCACGGCGAAAAUGAACAGACCCACACCCCGACACAUUCGCCCACUAUCGGAGGUAAAUCUAUUAAUCACGAAUUUUCUGGCGAUGUCAGAACAGAUGAACACGUGGCCGGUGAUUGCUCGGGCUCUUUCGAAACAGCCACCUCAUCUGAGAUACCUCAGAUCAAUGAAAACUUCACGGACUGCCCCGAGUCUCCGAUCGAAAACCAAGUGGCAGAAACGGACGCUAAAAUCGAUAAUAACGCGGAGAUGAUAAGUAAUGACGACGACUGUGAAAUUUUACAAUACACAGAUGUGUAUUUAAGUAGAAAAACUGAUUCAGAAGAUGACGUUAGCGUGGUACUUUCCGACCACUGCCUAUUCGACACGAUAGAAGACGAGUCCCAUUAUAUUACAACGCACGAAAUCCAGCUUUCAGAGUUGGAUCAUGAUGUUGAUUUUGAUGGCGUGGGAUCCAGCUGGGAUAUUGAGGACGACCAUCAGGUCUUCUCAUUUGUCGAUUAUGCUUCUUUUGACAGUGAUGAAACGAUAGGUGGAAAAGAGGACAGUGCUUCAGCAAGAGUGAAAAGCAAUCAGGCUCAAUCUAAUACGAGCGGGGCAGCAGUCAGCAGUAAAAUUGAAAGCGAUCUCUGUGACACGGACAAAUGCGCCAGCUCAGAUGAAAGUCUGUCAAAGAACCAAAACGGCAUUGGGAAUUCUGCAGGGCAGAUUCACCUGUCAAUCAAAACUACUUCCCGAGCUAUAAAUGAGCCUAGCAACGUCCAAGAAAAGGAAAACAUUCUUUAUCAUGCCAAGCAUACUGGAGAUAUGAGUCGAUAUGUUUUUAGAGGAGCGGAUACAAAGGCGGAUAAAAUAUGUGACAGUACAAAGUGUUUUAUUGCUCUUCCUGGACGCCUGCACUUUGGUCACAAAUUAAAGGGGAAAGAUGUUAAUGAGUAUUCCAGCGGCGCGUCCAGCGCGGUCAGUGAACUGGACGAUGCUGAUAAAGAGGUUCGGAAUUUGACUGCCAGAGCUUUCAAGAGUCUGGCAUAUCCGUAUUUUGAUGCCAUCAAUUUCAGCACCUCCAGUGAGUCCUCGGCUUCAGAACAUGGCCUGGGUAUCAACAGAUGGUCAACUUUUGUUGACCUAAAAUAUGGCAAUAUAAAGGGACGAGAUCAAAAUCUUGUAGCUCACAAAAGUUCAACAUCAAAUUUUAGAUUGGCCAAGAAUAGAGAUAGUAAAGGGAUCACGGGACUGACACUGACUAGUAUGAGGGCGCCCCCAGUCGAGAUAUUUGCUCUUAAUGGCAAUCUAGCUGCGCACAAAAAUGCAUCAUCAUCAACGAAAAAAAUUGAGAUGAUGGGUAAAUUUGGGCAGGGACAAAGUGGGGUAAUACGGCUAACCGAAACACUGAAUUUUCGUUGCAAUGUUAAAGCAGGGCUGUCUGGAAACGAAAGGCGCGUGAAAUCUGCACAAAAUACUACAGGAUCACGUUCCACAGAUGAAGUUACCGACACCUUGCCGGGCGGGCAAGAGAGUGAAGCCAGCAAGCGAUCCUGCAAUGCUGGGGAAGCCAUGGAAGACACACACAAGAAAGCAAUAUUCGCAUCGAGUCUCCUCAAAAAUGUUAUUUCUAAGAAAAUGCAGUUUGAGCAAGAGCGUAAAAUGGAAAGAGGGGAGAUUUGCGAACCUCAUCACGCGCCCUCUCCCUGUUUCCAGACCCAUGAGCACGAAACGCACAGGGAGAAGGUUGCAACGAAAGAGUCCGGGGGUCUGCAGAGGCAAAGCUCGAAAUUCUCAGAGGCCGAUUCAGACUUUACUAUUGUUUGUGUGGAUGAACUUGGGGACAUAGUGGACAGUAAUUCGGGCGAUGCCAAGGACGACUGUCACAGAGACGACACAGGAUUCGAUACUAAAAAAGGAGCAUUCGAAGCGUCCAAAAGCACGCUGCUUCGUAGCCAAAAUAGCGCAUUCAGAUCUUGGAGGGACGGUGAGCUAGAGUUUCAAAAGGAACAUAAAAACGAUAAAACUCCAGAGGGGAAGCUGCCGCCGUCUGACACCAACCUGGGGGAAACGGAUUUACACAGCGAUCAGGAGCGGAGCAAGCUCACUAAAAUGUCGCAUUUGUUUGUGCCAAGUAUCCAACUUCUGUCAGAUGGAGGGGACGCGAAGAAAUCGUUGCAGAAUAUGAAUUAUUCCACCCAUGCGUCUGUCGAUCACGGAGACGGAGGAGGUAUGCAGCUGCGCUCAGGCAACACGCUAUACGUCUCAGACACAACGAAAAAUGCUGUAACUACUAAUUCACCUGAAAUUAAAAUAAGCCUGAGAAGCGUAAAAGACAACAAAAACGACCCGCUUAACAUUGCUAAGCUGCUAACUCCCAACAUAGGUUGCAGUGCAGCCAACCUGAUAAAGGCAGCUGAUGACUCUAAAUACCAAGCGCUCGCUGCGGCUUUUAAGGGUGACUCUUCUGACAAAGUACCCCACUUCAUGGUUAGAGACAUUAGAGAGAACAAGGGCAAGUUGCAAACGCCGAUACACCAAGUUAGGGACGUCCGUAAAUUAGUUAAAAGUUCGUACCACUUCGUGUCCUUAGAUAACAACGAGGGCAAGUCUAACGUUUCUGCAGACGGAGAGUACAAGGUUUUCAAACAAGGCCCUUAUCGGAACCCAACGUCGCUUUCCCCGAUAGUGAUAAAAUGUCAGUCGGUGAAUACAAAUAGCAAUGUGAAGCAAUCUGCAAAUUUAAUAGAGCUUUCUAAACGUAGACUCAACGAGGAUAUUUUGGAUGUUGCCCGUUCAUCUCCUCAAGUGCCUACAGAGGGCGCCAAAAACGGAACAGCACCAGUCAACAGAUCGCCCGGCAGAGCGCCUGUGAUUAACACAAAGCAGCCGAAAAGUGAGCCAUCCGAGAGUCCCACUGGGUUACGCAUUGAAACCAGAACAGCUACGAGGAGACAAGAAAAGCCAAACGAGACGGUGGAAAAGAAGCCAGAGACAAAGAUGGCUAACCAGGCUGCACUGGAAAAACUGCAGGCGGCUGUUAAAACAAUGGAGCAACUCUACGUUUUUGACAAGAACGAGUGGAAGAGGAAAACGGAACCGCAGCCACUUACAGACAGCCACGUGCUUUCAUUGAUUGCUCGUGAGGAGCAUGGAGGUUCUGAAGAAGAGCAAGGUGACACCAGCAGCUCUGUGGCAACAGCCAAUGCAGAAAAGCUGGUGAGGCGUGACUCUUACACGAAAACAGACAAAACUCCACCAGCUGUAGUCCAGUCAACAGCAUCAGAGGUGUACCCAAACAGAGAGGAGAAAGAACCCUCCAAAACCUCUUCCACGUCUGUCAGCCGUGAGGAAAGAAAUGGUCUCAAGGCGUUUGUUCAUCAAGGCGGAAUUACAGGUAAUAAGAGUGUGUGUGCUUUGAGUCAAAGUCAAAAAGCUUCAGUGUGCACCACAGCCAACUCUAGCAUUAAGGCAUCACAAAUGUAUGCUUCAUCACCUUCUAAAAGUUUUGUCCCCAAGUCUCCAAAACUUCCAAUAUCCUUAAAAAUAUCCCACCCGAAACGUGUAGUGGAGGAGAGGCAAAGGCCCAAUGGGAGCGAGGCAGACAGGUUUGCUCCGGCACAAGAUCCAGAGAACUACCUGACCAUACCGGUGAAGUCUCAUGCCGGCAAUGCCAUGCAAGCGGCCACAUCUGGACGUGAGAAAACAUCUGUGUACACGAUGCAGACUACAGGUGGAGUAGGCCCGUCCGAUCGCCUUGGACAUGGCGAUAGCAGAAGACACGGUGAAAGUCGUCAGUCCCCGAAGCGUUCGUCAAUUGUCAUGGAGACACGGUCCCCAGACACUCCUACUGCUACCAUCUAUCAUCACCCCCUGCCCAUGACGGUGUCAGCUGCCCAACCGCAAGUCAUCUGCUUCUCCCCAACGAUGCAGCCACCUCCACCUCCUCCUGUUGAUCAUUUCCAGCCAACACAGAGAAAAAUGCUGCUUGACCCAACAACAGGAAACUACUACCUGGUGGACACCCCGGUCCAGCCAGCUACCAGGCGUCUCUUUGACCCUGAAACGGGGCAAUACGUCGACAUACCCAUGCCGCAGCAACCCAUGACCCCUAUGCCGAUGCCUAUUUCCCCUUUAGCCUUGAGCCCUGGGGCGUACAGCCAUACUUACAUGUUUUAUCCGGGGUACAUGCCCACUCCCACAGUGAUUCCAGCACGGACAAUACAGUCCCAGCUCUCUAUGCAGUCUGAGGCAGAUGAAAGGGAUAAGACACAUAUAGGUCAGCAGGGUGAUGGAGCUUAUAUGGAGACACCUUACUAUGUAGCCUCUGGGAAGUCUCCUCAGGCAGCCCCAAUGGCUCAGCAUGUCACCACGGGGAGAUCGACAGACGGCAAGCCUGUCAUCAGCAUCACUUCCCAGCAAGGGCCCAGAAUCAUUGCCCCUCCCUCCUUUGAUGGAACGACCAUGAGUUUUGUUGUGGAGCACAGGUAA